UUCUUUCUGGUCCGUCACUUCUCACUCUUCACUCUCAUCUCACCACAAACCCUAGCCUGUAAUUUCCCAUGAUUCCUCUCCGUCUCUUCCACUGAACUUUUCUCAAAUCUCUCGUAGAAAGACAAUUAUCGAAUUAACUCAGGGGCUGUACUAAAGCGUUGGUGAUGGCGGCUUCCACCAGCCAGGUCUACAUCGAUGUAAUCGAGGAUGUCAUGGUCAAAGUCCGAGACGAGUUCGUCAAUAACGGAGGUCCCGGCGAGGAAGUUCUCAGGGAACUUCAAGCUAUGUGGGAAUCAAAGAUGAUGCAAGCUGGCGCUGUGCUGGGUCCCAUAGAAAGGUCUACUGCGGCUAAGCCAACUCCCGGUGGUCCUAUUACUCCUGUUCAUGAUCUUAAUAUGCCGUAUGAGGGACCGUACGAGGGGACCGAGGAGUAUGAGACUGAGACUCCUACUGCUGAAAUGCUUUUUCCCCCUACGCCAUUGCAAACGCCAAUUCAGACCCCUUUACCUGUGACUGGGGAUAACUCAACUUAUAACAUUCCUACUGGACCAAGUGACUAUCCCUCCUCUGGAAAUGAUAAUGGAAAUGCUGAUGGGAAAGGAGGAAGACCUGCUCCAUACAUGCAACCUACUUCUCCUUGGAUGAACCCGAGGCCCUCACUUGAUGUCAAUGUUGCUUAUGUGGAAGGGCGGGAUGAGGCAGACAGAGGAACUUCUAAUCAACCUCUGACACAGGACUUCUUCACUAUGUCAUCAGGAAAGAGAAAACGCAAUGAUUUGACUUCUCAAUAUAAUGCUGGUGGAUAUAUACCUCAACAAGAUGGAGCUGGGGAUGCGACUCUUGGAGAUUUUGAAAUUGAGGUAAAUGGGGGGCACAUCUCCAUUAAUGCACAUCACACUAUUUCGAAAGGGAAAAUGCCAGCAGAUUUGGAGAGGUUGACUUCUACAAUUCCUCAACUUGAUGGACCAAUUCCAUAUGAUGAGGAUGUGCUUUCUCCUCCAAAUGUAUACAACUAUGGAGAAGUGUUCAGUGAAGACUACAACAUUUCUAAUACGCCAGCUCCUCCUGAAGUGCCAGCUAGCACCCCUGCUCUUGUGGCUCAGAAUGAAGCGGGAAAUGAUUAUGAUGACGACGAUGAUGAACCUCCAUUAAAUGAAGAAGAUGAUGAUGAUUUGGAUGACAUAGAACAAGUAGAUGAUCAAAAUACACAUCAUCUUGUUUUGGCACAGUUUGAUAAGGUGACUCGUACCAAGAGCAGGUGGAAAUGCACAUUAAAAGAUGGUAUCAUGCACAUAAAUAAUAAGGACAUUCUCUUCAACAAGGCGACAGGAGAGUUUGACUUCUGAUUUUGUUGGAGAUGGUGCUUUCUUGAACCAUGAUUCGGAAAUGUCAAGAGUGUUUCAUGAUCUUUCUUUGAUUAUAAUUAAGUGAAACAUUCAGGAAGAGAAAAAUCCUUUCACCCUUUCGAGACUGUUGUUUUCAUGUUGGCCUCCUGUACAUAGAGAAUGAGCAAUUUUUGGCCUUUACCUGAUAUUAGAGACUCGGGCAUUUCCUUGAGCCCCCCAUUUGUAGUAUGUGGUUCCUCUAGUUCUGUACACUUGGGCGCUUUGGUUAAUUUAAGAAUCCUUUGUCUGAUAAUGAUAGUUAAUUUUGGAUUGUGGUUC